AGGUAAGUGCAUUAUGUUGGCUAAUAACAGAUGGCGAAGGUGUUUGAAUUAAUUUAGCAACCAUGGAUGCCAUCCUGUGUUUGUAAUUCGCUGUGCAAUUGUUUGCUUUUUGUAAAUUCAGGUUGAUAACUGGUUUUGGCAUUAAUUAAUUAAAAUCAAGGGUCAAGAUAUAUACAGUUUUAUUCGAACGAAUUGACAGUUCUGUAAACUCUACUUUCUCCAGGGAGAAAUGACGAUACUGUUUUAUUCUACAAUAACUUAACCUCCAAAAACCAUGCCGCACAGGUUUAUUUUUACAGAGGGAAAGAAGAGAUUCAGAAACAAAGAAACAACUGUCAUAAGUGUAAUAAGAAACAAGAAAAGAAGAGUGAAGUUAAAAUUAAAGAACAAAAAAGGAGCAGUUAUUAUUAAAAAUCUGUCAUUUAAGGCAACAGAAGAUGGUAUCCGGGAGUAUUUUAACAAGUUUGGGGACAUCUGCGAAUUAAAACUCUUACAGAAGCUUAAUGGCGAUCUUGUUGGUCGUGGUAUUAUUCAGUUCAGAAAAGAGAAAAAUGCAGCAAAAGCUAUCCAGAGCUGUAAUGGAAAAGAUUUCAUGGAGCGAAAGCUUGUUGUUGAUUGGGCUCAACCACGGUUGAAGAAAGAGAACGGUGCUGCUACACUGCUGAAAGUGAAUGAAGAGGCUGAAGAACGUAAUGAAUCUGAACAUGCAGAAGAAUCCAGUGAUAUUAAAAAUGAAAAUAAAUUAAAAGUUUUGGGUAAAGAAUUAGUGCACAAUGCAGAAACCAAGGAAUGUAAAAAAAGUAAGAAAGCGAAAAAGGGACGACUUAUUGUCAGGAAUCUUCCUUUUAAGGUGACAGAAGAAGUUCUUCGUAAACAUUUUGAGAAGUAUGGCGAAGUUACUGAGGUUAACUUGCUUCGUAAAAGUGACGGGAAACUUGUAGGUUGUGGAUUUAUUCAGUUUGUGAAGAAGAACAGCGCUGCUAAGGCUAUCUUGAGUUGCAGUGGAAAGCCUCUGAUGGGGCGAACAAUAAUUGUGGACUGGGCUGUACCAAAAUCUACGUUCAGUACAACUGAGUCCUCAGCCAUAGAAGAAAUUGAAAUAAAAGAGGAAGACCAAGACGAUGAUGGAAGUGUGAAAAAGUUAACUUCAGGUGAUAGUAGCUGUGAUGUUCAGCCUGUAGAAAUUAAGAAUGAACCACUUUCUGAUGAAUCAGAAGAUGAUGAUAAUGCUGACAGCAAAUCAGAUACAAAUGAGAGUUCAGAUAGUGAUGAAGAAGAGGAGGAAGAAGACGGCAGUGAUCAGUCAGACAUAGAGUCCAAACAGAAAGUUGACGCUAAAAAGCCGAGAGUGGUUUCUAAUGAUGUUUCUGAGGGACGGACAGUUUUCAUAAAAAAUGUUCCAUUUUCAGCAGAUAACAGUGAUCUUAAAACCUGCGUGGAACAGUUUGGUCAAGUAAUAUAUGCUCUCGUAUGUACAGAUCCUAUUACAGAACACUCGAAGGGGACGGCGUUUGUAAAGUUUCAGACAAAGGAGAGCGCUCAGCAGUGUCUCGCUGCAGGCACGGAACUUACACUGCUUGGUCAGACUCUGGAUGUACAUGAGGCUCUGAACAAGGAACAAAUUCAGCAGAAGGCAGACCUCAAGCACGGAGUACAAAAGAGUAAAGACGGCAGAAAUUUGUACCUUGUCAAGGAAGGAGUGGUCAUAGCCGGGAGCAAAGCAGCAGGAGGUGUUUCCAUGGCCGACAUGGAAAAGCGGCUACAGCUGGAGCAGUGGAAGAGUCAGAUGCUUCGGAACCUCAGCAUGUUUGUGUCUCGGUUUCGCUUGGUGGUUCACAACCUGCCUCCAUCUUGGGAUGAUUCCAAGUUGCGCCACCUGUUUCUCCAGCAUGCCGGUCCUAAGGCAGUUAUCAAGGAGGCACGAGUUAUGCGUGAUAUGAAAAAUGUUGAUGCCCAGGGGAUUGGAAAUUCUAAGGAAUUUGGUUUUGUCUCCUUUACAACCCACGAGGAUGCUUUGCAAGCUUUGAGAAGUAUUAACAACAACCCAAACAUCUUUACGCCGGCUAGGAGACCAAUUGUGGCAUUUUCUGUAGAAAACAAGGCUAUUAUGAACAUAAAGCAAAAACGCUUGGAGAAAAGUCGAGCCAAAAAUCCGCUUUAUACAGGUCAAAAUAUUGUUAAGCGUGGUAAUAAAAGGACUAAUUCAUCAAGGGAUGAUGAAAAUUCAGCCCAGAGCAGAGCAGAGAACGGCAAAAUAGUGACAGAGGAAACUGAGCAGUUUCUAGGUGUGACAGCAAAACCAGGAAGUAAGAAACUGCGUACUCGGUUUGGACUCAAGAGCCAAGCUGAAAUCCAUAAGCAGUCAAUACACAAAGAUAAACGUAAACAGAAACAGAAACGAAUGUUUGACCAGCAAAUGCGGAAUACUAAGGAAAAGAGGAAAGAUCCACAGCCAAGAAGAGGGGUAAAAAGGAAACCUGAUGAAGAUGAUGCAGUAUUCAGCAGUCUAGUGAGCCAGUACAAGAAGAAGUUGAUGGCUGUCCCAGUGAAGAAGUGGUAUGAUGAGUGAAAAUUGGAUGCAGUGUACAUUUGUAUAAUUGCAGGUUGUUUUUGAAAUUGACUAUAGUGUGAGCUUUAGACUGAAGUUAGUACAGUAUGGUGUUAAUUAAUAAUUGUUAAAACUGGCAUUGUAAGUGAACCUGCUAUGUGCGGACAGUGAGCGUAAGAGAAUCCAAAUAUAUUUCUUCCUCAGUCAA